CUCGGGGGCCUCGUGGGCUGCUUCCUCGUCUGGGGCGUGCUGCAGGAGCGGAUGAUGACGACGGCCUACGACGGCGAAAAGUUCGCGACGUCGUCCGUGCUCGUCUUCGCCAACAAGGCCUUCGCCGCGGCGGCGGCGCUCCUGCUCUGGGCGCCCUGGCGCGAAAAGCGCGCGCCCGCGUGCGCGUACAAGCCGCUGCCGUUCGUCGCCUUCACCUGGGUCGCCGUGUCGAACACGCUGAGCUCCUGGGCACAGCUCGAGGCGCUCAAGUUCGUGUCCUUCCCGACGCAGGUGCUCGCCAAGGCGAGCAAGCUCAUCCCGGCGCUCGCCGUGGGCCGCCUCGUCAACGGGUCGCGCUACGGCGCCGCGGACUACGGCGUCGCGGCGGCCAUCACCGGCGGCACGGCGCUCUUCAUGCUCGCCCAGGCCGAGGACCCGGGCGCGGGCCCCGCCAACGACGACGCCGGCGGGCUCCUCAUGCUCGGCGCGUACCUCCUCUUCGACAGCGCGACGGGGCCGCUGCAGGCGCGGUUCUACGGAGAGCACGGCGCGGACAAGUACGCGAUGAUGUUCGGCGUCGGGUUUUUUAGCACGCUGCUCAGCGGGCUGGAGCUCGCCCAGUCGGGCGACGCGCCGGCGGCCUGGGCCUUCUUCGCGCGGCACCCGGCCGCGCUCCCGGAUCUGGCGGUGCUGAGCCUCGCGUCGACGGCGGGCCAGGUCGUCAUAUACACGACGCUCGAGCUCUACGGCAACGUCACCUUCACGGUCAUGAUGAUCGUGCGCCAGAUCGUGUCCAUCCUCGUGUCCUGCUACCGCUUCGGCCACGUCAUCGCGCCGCGCGCGUGGCUCGGCGUCGUCGUCGUCUUC